AUGAUGAAAAUUGUUGAAAGUAAUAACGAAUAUGGGUCACAACUGGUGGCAAGAUGGAUGCUAUUGGUAUGUAUCAGCUUAGUUACAAUGGGAAUAAUGUAUAGUAACGAUACAUUACCUGCAAUUGCACCUUUUAUUUUUGAUGCAUUUGAGGACCUAUAUAGUAAAGAAGAAUUUGAAUAUUAUUACAAUACACUUUGUUCAUUGGUAUCCGUUCCAAAUUUGAUCUUUCCUCUUUUAGCAGGAGUUCUUAUAGAUACAGUUUCCUUAUACUAUUUAUCAAUGGCACUUAUAUCAUUUCUAAUUUUGGGUCAAUUUAUUCUAACUCUUGGAUUUGGAAUGAAGAGUUUAACUACUAUGUUAAUUGGGAGAUGUAUUUUUGGUUUGGGAUCUGAAUCAUCACUUAUUGCCUUUAAUUCUUUGCUAAUCAGGUAUUUUCCGGAUUGGGAGGUUGCUUUAGCCCUAUCUAUAUGUUUAGCAAUUGGAAGAAUUGGAUCUGUAUUGAGUGAUAUGGUCUCUCCUAUUAUAGCAACAUUAUUCCCAGUAUAUUGGACUUUUUUAUUGGGAUUAGUACUAAUGGUUGUUGGAGGAGUUAGUGUCAUUGCAAACAUCAGAAAGUAUUAUUUGGAAGAUUUGUCAAAUGAAAAUGUUGAUAAUAUGUUUAAUGAAACUAAAACUAAUAGCCAUACUGAUUUGAUUUCUCAUAAUGAAAUUAUGAAAACUAGUAAAACAUCAUAUAUUAGCCAUUUAAAAUUCAGGAUUGUUCUAGUUGGUAGAAAAAUACGUGGACUUGGGAGAUUAUAUUGGUAUUUAUCUAUUUUGGGAUUACUAUCUUAUAGUGUAAUUAUGCCAUUUAAUUACAUUGCAGGACCUUUAAUAGUUGAAACUCAAUAUAAGGAUAUUCCAGCUUCUACUGCUAGACAAUAUGCAGGUAUUAUUAUGAGUUUGUUAUAUGCAGUUUCUGUAUUGGUACUUCCAAUAUUGGGAUGGAUUGUUGAUCGUGUUGGUGAAAGAUGUAAAUUACUCACAAUUUCUGUUGGGUUUCUGGCACUUGCUCAUGCUUUAAUGCUCAAAUUACAUCCUGCAAUCUCCAUUACUAUACUGGGAUUUGGAUAUACACUUUUUGCCACAGUUUAUUGGCCAUGUAUAAGCUUAAGUGUUCCACCAACUUUAUUAGGUACUGCACUUGGUGUAGUUACAUGUAUACAAAACUUUGGAUUCAUUAUUACCCCAAUACAAGUUGCUUUUCUACAUUCAACUUUCAAAUCAUAUGUUGCAGUUGAAGCAUUUUUCUUGCUUAUAUGUAUAAUGGCACUUAUAGUAUGUUAUAUAGUAUCCAGAGUUGAUAUUGAACUUGGUGGGAAAUUGGAUUCUGCUCCAAAUAGUGUAUCUAAUACAAUACAAACUACUACUGAUAUGGUUCUUAAUGAUCUAGAGAAUCUUAUUAAUGGCAAGAAUCAAAAUAAUGUCAGCAAAAUCAGGCUUGAAGAGCUUAUUUGCCAUAAAUAUCUCAAGUAUGAAAAUGGUAGAAAUUUAUCAUCUCGCAAAUUUAUAAGCUCAUCAUCUGUGAGUACCUUUGAUGAUUCUUCGGAUGAUUCACCGAGCGAAUCUUCUUCGUUUACUAAAUCUUCCACUUUUCUUAAAAAUGAUACUCUUCCUCUAGCGGAUUACUCAGUUCAGAAUUUGGAUGACUCUAUGUUAUUAUCAACGAGAUCAUUUUCAUUUCAGGAUGAUUACUGCAAGAAUAACCCAAAAAACGGAAACAAAUUUAGUCCAAAUAAUCUAAAGGGAAUAAUUAUUUAA